AUGCUGGGUUACAACAAGCUUAAGAUUCGCCCAUUAGUCAAUACUGACGUACCCUCAAAGAACAAUGUCGAUCAAGCUACCCGCAAGCAGGGCACUCAUCCAGCGAUCGAUCCACGUUCAAGGAUAGAGUCGGCAAAGAAAAUGCCUACCCCAGAUAUUUCCAUCAUUCAACAACAAAGGGAAUGGGAGAACACUCAGCUAAGAAAUGAACUUCAGUACCAACGAAGAAAGCAUGGCGCUAGCAUGUAUUUACUUGAAGAGGUUCGACUUGUGGUCAAAUCUCUUCAGGAAGCACUCGUCAAUUUCGAGAAGCUGAACUCGGCAUUUGAAGACGAAGUGACUGAUGAGUGA